CCCAAAAUGGGUGCUGUUAUUCUGGACUUAUGGAUCACCAUAUAUAGUACUAGUAUACCCUUUUAGAUUGAUUUGAGAGAGAGAGAGAGAGAGAGAGAGAGAUGAGAGAGAGAUGAGAGAGAGGUUUGGCUUGUAUUGAAAGGUAAGCAAUCGAAGGUUAGAGGCAGAAAGACAGUGGAAAACAGACUACUCUUAGGAGUUACCGAAUGAGUUGUCAAAUGAAGUUGAAACUUGCUGGAGUUGUUAAAUGUGUGACAAGAAACCAGAAUCACUUGCUUGUGAAGCAAAAUCUCUUGGCUGAUUCAAAGGUUGUAAAGAGUAACCCAAUAAACAUUGGAGGUCCUGCAAUGUUUUUUGGGAAUUGCAAGCUCGUUUAGUAGCCUUUCUUUUCCCUUCUUAUAUUCCAGCAUUUGGCCCUUGCCUCUUGUUGUGAAGGGAAGAUUCACAUCAUCGUCAUCAUCACAUUCAUCAUUUGUGUCUUUUUUUUUUUUGAAAAAAAUGAAGGGAACAUUAUUCUGUUUUGUGCUAGCUUUACAAAUAUUGAGUUGGGUUUCUGUAGCAAGGAGAGGGCCCUUUCCUCCAAAUGAUGGCAUGUUCCAUCCAGGCCCAAAAGAGGCACCAGCACCUGAGUCUUCACCACCGAAUACUAUACAUUCAGAAAAGGGUUUAAUGGUGAGAGAAGGUAAGUCAGAGAUAAUGGAAGAAACAUAUGAUAGAGGAGUAAGCAAAAUAGGGUCAAGUCCACCAAGCUGUGAGCACAAAUGUUAUGGUUGCACACCAUGUGAAGCCAUUCAAGUGCCAAGCACAAGCAGCAGGCGCAAUCAUUUGGGUAUCCAGUACGCAAAUUAUGAGCCUGAGAGCUGGAAAUGCAAGUGUGGUCCUUCCUUCUACAGCCCUUGAAUUUUGUUCCUACCCAUUGGAUAUAGUUGAUCUGCUAUCUGUCUCUUAGGUUCAUAUUU